AUGAAUUUUAUAAAGUCUUUGUUUUCAUAAUCUAAUCCACAAUAAAAAAAGAUUGCACAUAAAAAAGCAGUUGAAUCUUCCAUACUUGAUACAUAGUUCACCUAAGUUAGACUAUAAGAUAUAAAAAUAAUAUCAAAAGACUUGAAAAAGUUAGAAGAGAUUCUAAAAUAUUAACCAGAAACAAUAAAUGAAUAAUUUAAGAGAUGUUAUAGCUUUCAUAUCAUUUUAAGCAGUGAUUUAUUAUAAUCCAUAGAAAAGAUUGUCUAAUAUUUUGAAAACUAUCAGCAAAACUUAUGUAAGCAAAAAUUUUAGAUUACACAAUCAAAAACCUUGGCUACAUAAAAUGUGAAUUAAACAAAUAUCUAUACGAAUGAACAAUAAACUUUUUCUAUUUAAUACCAAAACUCUAUGUUUCUCAAUGUUUCUGAUGUAAUCAUUAGAAAUUAAUGAUAUUUUAGCAAAUUUAGUUGUUUGAACAAAUAAAUUAAAAUGAAAAUGGAUUUAUGAAUAUUUAUUUCAAUUACAUUCAAAGAAUUACACAAAAUAAUGAUAUCUAUACUUCUUGUAGAUUUUAAUAAUACCCUAUAUAAGAUGAUGCACAUAAUCGUAAACUUUAAUUUCUCUGGUUAUUCAAAAUUAUCAAUCUACUAAAUUUUAAGUUAAGCUUUAUACCUUACUUCCAAUUAAAUUUCAAGCAUAAGACUUAAAAUACAUUAAUAAUAAGAGACAUUGCAUAUUUAGUAUAUAAAGAUUGUUUAGUAGAAUAUUCAUUCUUAAGAAAUGAGAUUACCGAUAUGCUUGAGUCUUAUUCAUCAUUUUAAAUUAGAGAAUGUAUAAAUUAAAAAAAAUUUAGCACUUUAAUUUUAUGAGUUAAUCUUGAUAAUGAAAGAUGUCACUUAUAAGAUGAAGAUUUUCUAUGAUAUGAGAUCUUCAUUUGCUCUAAAUUCUGCAUCAGUUAGGGAUGUUAAAUGGUUUACUAUUGAAAAAAAAUAGAUGAUAGAAAUAGAUAAUUAUAUUUCUAAAAUUAAAUUACUAAAUACUUCUUAAUUUAAAAAGAGUCUUAUGGUUCCAACUCGUAAUUAUGUUAUGUAAAAUUUAUCAAAGUAAUCGCAAGACACAAAUAGCUUAGAUAAUUCAUUCAAAAAGGUAGUAUUAAAAUUUAUAUAAUAUAUUAGGAACCAAUUACUGCAAAAAAUAAAAAAAAAUCCAAUGAUUUAUUAUACUCACCCUUAAAAUUAAAUUAAUACAAAGGUGGAGAACAUUCAAGAUAGUGA